AUGCAAACAGCCCUAGCCUGCGGCUGCAGGGCAGCAGCAGCAGCAGCAGCAGCAGCAGCAGCAGCAGCGGGAGCAGCAACAGCAUCGGCAGCGGCAGUCGCUGGUUCCGGUGCAGCAGCGCGACACACGCACCAUGCAUCUACACCAGCAGCAGCAGCAACAGCUGCAGCAGCAGCAACAACAACAACAACAGCAGCGCCUGCUGCACCUGCCCCUUUGAACUUUGCUUCAACAGCUUGCAGCUUAGCGGAUAUUCAGCGUUAUAGAGGUCUCCUUCAGGGGGCCCCCAGGGGCCCCCGGGGGCCCCCAUCGCACAGACAACUACCAGUUAGUGGAUGUGAUAUAAGCCAGCGCUUCAGCAGCAACAUGCAGCGCUUCUACACAUCUAUAGGGGUGCAGCAGUCGCUGCACCUCGCUGCUGCUGCUGCUGCAGAAGCAGAAGCAGCUGCAACAGCUGCUCCUGCAGCAACAACAGCAGCAGGAAUUAGCAGCAAGGCAGCAAAAUCAAGACCUUUGCUGCAGAAUCUGCAGCUGCAACGCCACUCGCAGCUACACCUGCCGCAGCAGCGGGUGCUGCAGCAGCUCCUGCAGCAGCAGCAGCAGCAGCAGCAGCAGGGUGUGUUCUCAUGGAAUAGUUGCGGUUUAGGUCUUUCUAGAAGCCAGUGGCGUUUGUUUAACACAGCAGCAGCAGCAGCAACAGCAGCAGCAGCAACAGCAGCAGCAACAGCAGCAGCAGCACAAACCCCGGACUCCGCUUCAACCCCAUCAGGGAAGGCGGCGGCUUCGCAUGCGUCGAAGCAGCAGCAGCAGCAGCAGCAGCAGCAGCAGCAUUCCUAUAGAAGAUACUCGGCGGGGAUGGGGGGCCCCAGGGGCCCUGGGGGCCCCCGCAACUCCUGGGGCGUAGCAGGGGUAUUGAAAGCAGCAGCAAGAUUUACAGUUAAUAUAACUCUAAAGCUAUUGAAGCUUACGUGGCGGCUUGGGCUGAGCACCUGCCGAUACACCGCAGAAUUCAUUCGCAAUCCGCGUGUAGCAGAGAAGUGGUAUACGCACCUAAAAGAAGCGACACUGCACACUGUGCGUUGGUGUAUGACUGGCUUUCGUUUAUUUUUCGCCAAUGUUCGCGUGUCUUAUCAACUUUUAAAGAAGAAGAUAUUAGGAUAUCCACUUCGUUAUAACGAGCACAAGCUUCUUGUGAGGACGACAGCAGACGCGUUGAAGCUGAUACCCUUCUCGCUGUUGAUCAUCGUCCCCUUGGGGGAGCUGCUCAUUCCUGUGGCUCUGCGACUCUUUCCUAAUAUGCUGCCUUCUACUUUUCAGCAAAAGCCCGUAGACCACGCGUUUUUGAGUAGGAAGCUGCAGGCUAAGCAAGAGCUCGCUGCUUUUUUUCAGGAAUUGUUGCAGGAAAGAACUCGACAGUUGAUUGAACAAACACCAGCUGCACAUUCUGCAGCAAAAGCCUCUGCGUUAAAAUCAUUUCAAUCGAAAUUAAUUAAACCCCAUGACGCACAAGAACCUCCUCUUCCGGGGCUGAAGGAGGUGUUAGAGUUUUCUCGGCUGUUUAAGGAUGACUUCGUCUUAGACAAAAUGGACCUACAAACGCUGCAGGUCAUGUGCAAAUUGUUGGGGCUGCAGCCGUACAGCGUUCGCUCUCACGUGGUGCUGCAGUUGAGGCACCACAUAAACCACAUUCAGCGUGAAGACCGGGAGUUGCUGUGGGAGGGGGUAGAGAGUUUGAGUCAUGAAGAACUCGUCGAGGCCUGCAGAGACAGAGGAAUGAAGUUCUACAGCACCACAGACGAUGCUAUGAGGGAACAGAUGCGGCGUUGGCUUGAGGUGUCUUCGCACCGCGACGUCCCUCCUAUUUUGCUGCUGUGGAGUCGCUGCGUCUCUAUGGUUCCUGCUGCUCAGCUGCAGCCAACAGCAGCAGCAGCAGCAGCAGCAGCAGGGGGUGCGCAGGGAGCAGCAGAAGCUGCAGCAGAACCCAGCAUUUCUCUUGCUUCUGUCGCAGGGAAGCAGGCAGCAGCACAAGACGAAAAGAAAGAAGAAGAAGCAGCAGCAGCAGAUGCUACUCCUGCUGCUGCAGCAGAAGACACAGAAACUGAGACAGAAGCACAGCGUAAAACAGCGAGCCUGGAGGCGAUGUCUAAACAAGUUGAAUUAUUAAGAGAAGAAGAGGAGUCUCUAAGACAAAGUAUAUCGUUAUUACAAGAGGAGCGUGCGCAGCAUACACAAAUGCAAAAGCUGCAGAGACAGCCGGAUACAGAAGAAGAGUCUGUUAACGAUGGAGAUCCCUUGCCUGCUGUCACGCAGCAGCAGGAGCAGCAGCAGCAGCAGCAGGAGGAGCAGCAGCAGCUGAGGGAGGCUGAGGGGCCGUCUGAAAGAGACAGAAGCAGCAAAACCACUACAGAAACAGGGAAAGAAAGGCGCGACAGCCGCGAUGUGGAGAGGGAGCUUCGUUUGCUGCGGCAGUUGACGGAUAUACAGCACGAACAUGAAGAGAGACAAUUUCACGUAUUUAAUCAAGUGCAAAUGGCUGUAGAGGCAUUAAAAAGCAAAUUAGCAGCACCCCCUAAAAAAGCAGCAGCAGAAGCAGCAGCAGCAGCAGGAGCAGCACAAGCUGCAGCAGCUAAAGCAGCAGGGACGGCACAAGAGGAAGAAACAGCAGCAGCAGCAACAGCAGCAGGAGAAGAAGCAGCAGCAGCAGCAGCAGCAGCAGAAGCACUUGAACCCGACCCGAAUGAGUUGCUGCGUCAACGUGCAGCAGAGCUGCUGCAUGAUGAAAUCCGCGAAUUGGAUCUCUGCAUGCAGCUGCUAGCACAAGAGUUUGCUGAAGACGCAAAAGAAGUUGAGCACUUCAUGACAGACGCCAGAAGCCCUCCAGAUGAGCUCAAAGCCCCGCCAGAACCACCCGAAGAGGAAUCAGCAGCAGCAGCAGCAGAGGAUUUAACAUCGAAGACAGACAAACACACUGCAGCAGCAGCAGAAGCAGCAGCAAAUGCAGGCAAAGAUAAAUAA